GGCGGUCUGAUGUAAGCAAAAUGUGGCUUUCAGCUGCCUGAACCAGAGGAAACAACGCGGGAGAUGUUUGUAGUUCGCCUUCCGUGAAAGAAUACCGGCAGGAUUUACAUGUCGGUUUGCUCUCUACGGCUCCGGUGAUCCUCCACCGCGUAGCUGCCGGUAGCGGAGUUUGGGAUUCGAUCCCGGGUGGCCGGAGUCCAGCUUCCCGUAUUCGGUACGAGGUCUUUCAGCCUUCGCCACCGGGGAAGAAGCCGUGGAUCCACACCGGCAGCAGAAGCAGAGUGAGGAGGAACUCGCUCUACACAUGAGGAGGCAUCUAACCAGACAACCAGAGCAGCAGAAAGCCAGAGCUGAUGGAUCCCAUUGACUCUGGACAAGAGCAAGAGAAGCCGUCAGAGCAAAGUAGGGAUUUAACACCCAGCUCAAAAGGACGACAACGGAAGAAGAAUCCCAAAUAUUUAGAUUAUGAAACUGAUGACACACCGAGUGUACAACAAAAACUGCCUAGAAAGAGUUUGGGAAGAGAAGGAGCAGCUCCUCAAAAGACACCAGCAAAGAGGGGAAGACCUAAAUCUGCCGCACGACGGACUGCAGAUGAGGCAAAAGAAGCAACGGACAAAACACCUCCAGAGGUAGAUGAAGAGUCUGUGGUAGAGACACCUAAAAAAACAGUUAGAGCGAGGAAAACACCGGCUGGAAGGACUGGUAAAAAAAAAACUCCUGCCAGAAAAUCUCCCCUCACCGAUGGGAACCUGCCGUCUGUGGAGGUUGUAGUUCAAGAUGCCGUGCAGCAGGAAAAUGGGACGCCGAAACCAAAGAGGAAAUAUGUCAGGAAGCAGCCGAUACAGAAAGUGGAACCGGUUGAAGAUCCACCGAGUGAGAACAACACAGGCCAGCCUCCAGGUGAAGCCGAGGAGCCCGAAUCAGGCGGCCGACGCAGGAGAGGAGCUGCCAAAGCGGCGCUGAAGUACCUGCAGAUUUUGGCAAAAGAGGUGCUUGGUCACCCCAGCGAUGAGCCCGACUCCCAGCCAUGUGCCAACAGUGAAGACACCAGCAAAGAACAGAAAAGUUCCCAAGGAAACAAAGUGCGUAGAGGUAGGAAGAGGAAACAUCAUGACAGUGAUGCUGCAGAGGAUGAAGACUUUGUUCCAGGUGUUGAAGAAGACGAGGAGGCUAAAGAGAUGGAGGAUGAAGAUGAAGAUGAAGAAGCAGAGGAGUCAGACUUAGACUCAGACUUCGACUCGAGGACACUUGGAAGAAGUCAAGUGGUGUUUAAUUCCAACAAGAACAAUUUGUGCCCGUAUCCUAAACCUCUGAACGGACUCAGCAUCACCAUCAUGAAACCUGCCUGGGAAUCCAUCGAGGCCACCAAGAAAUUCCGGGAAGAGCACUGCAGCAGCUGGGUGUUCCCAGAGUGGGUCCCCUCCACCAGCGACUGGGAUCCUGUAGCACAAAGUGACUUGGAAACAUACCUGCCUCAGGAGGUUCGCUCGGCUCCUUUCAGAGUGUCCAGAGAAGGUCUGAUGGAGGAGGACACGCCUCUACAAAGACUCAGCAGGUUCGAGGCACUGCCUCCUCACCCAGAACGCUGGGACAUGUGGCUGUAUACCGGCGGACCAGUCUGGGCCCUGGAGUGGUGUCCGACACCUGAUGGUGCUAUUGCCACCCAGUACAUGGCGCUGGUCUGCCAUCGAGGGAUGGAUGACCUGCACUACGCUAACAAGACUGGGCCAGGUUCUGGACUUGUUCAGCUGUGGGACGUGGGCAAACUGGAGUACAACAGCAGCCCAGACUGCCAGCCAGCCCUGGCCUACGGUUUGGCCGUGGACAAUGGCUUCAUAAGAUAUAUAAAGUGGUGUCCUGCAGGAGGUUGGGAGCUUCCCAACUGUGUCAGAAAGGCUCCUUUCCUGCCCAGACUGGGUCUUCUGGCUGUAGCCACCUCCAACUGCGUGGUCACCAUUUACAGCCUGCCCCACCCAGAUGCUCUGCACUCCGGUGAGAAGCUAGCUAACUCAGGAACAGACAGCAAAGCACCAAGAAUAUACAAGGCACGAGGAGUGCUAACUUUGAAGCUGGGCUCCUUUAAAGCCCCUCGCCAUGAAAUGAGUGGACUAGUCAUGUCUAUGGAUUGGCUGCCUGCAAAACCACACGAUAUAAUGGCUAUUGGAUUCUAUGAUGGUGUAGUAGGUCUAUGGGAUCUGUCAACGAAGUCUGCGCUGCUGCGAGUGCGAGAGUCGGACGAGUCACUCAGUCUGCUGCCCUAUCGAUGCCUACUCGCUCAUGACCACGCGGUGCGAGCCAUGGCCUUCUGUCCUGCCUCCAGACACCUGUUGGUGACAGCGGGAGAAGAUCGCUACCUGAAGACGUGGGAUCUGAGGAGGCUCUACGAACCCAACACUGCUCUGAAACGCUAUCUGACCAAUGAAAUCUACUGGCCAUUGAACGCACCGGGGCUCCUGCCGGCCCAGGAGAACGCCUACGUAACGCAAGGUUCACACGGAGUCCACUACAUCGACCACAGCAUGCGCACCCUCUUGGCAAUUCCUCGGACUGCCACUCUGUGGUCCAUCAAUUACAGUGAGUGGUUAAACAGCGUGGUGACGUCAGACUGCCACGGAGAGGUGAUCUUCUCUCUGUUACCUCAGAUAAACUUCACGCUUCCCUACCACAAACGCACGAUAGAGAGACGAUUCCCGAUUUACUUCACAUCUGUGGUGCCUUGUGAUGAAACGGAAGAAAAAGAUCAAGAGACGGGAGCAGCAGAGGAGGAGGAGGGUGAUGUUGAAGAGCAGGAAGGAGGAGAGACUGCGGAAGCUGCACCUGAAGGAGGAAAUGAAAACAAUAAUGAGAAUGGAAGUGUUAGAAAGGAUAAAUGUCCUCCUUCGAGGUUCCAGACGUACAAAGAGGCUGUGAAGAACCACUGCCUUUACCACACAGAUAAUGACAUGCGGGACUUCAUGAAAAGCGAGAAGCGAGCUGUGUGGAAACGCAUGAGAGACACAGAAGGGAAGGCAAAGGUGACCGUGGAUGAGAUGCCUUUGGCUGCACUGCAUAAGGUGCGUUUCAACCCCAACAUGAGCUGCCACAUCUGGGUUGUGUCGGCCGGCCAGUCGGGCCUGGUCAGACUGAACUGUCUGAGGGGAAUGAUCAGCCCUCAUGUCACGGAGAUGAUUGUUGAUAACCAGGCUCAGUUCAACACUCUGUAUUCACCACAAGAGCAGAGAGAGGCAGUCCAAACUGUGACAGAGCAGCUAUAGCAGGAGGAUCACAAUCACACUGUCACUGCAGCUGUCGGACUACAAACACAGACCUGCAAAAAAAAAACCUAGUUUUGAUAAAAAACAAUAUUCAUUUCUAAUUCUUAUGCAUUUAUGUGUGUUAAAAACUAGCGAUCUCAAGCCACGUGGGUACGUCUGGCUUUAUCUGUCCAGGUUUUGAGGCAUCUGUCUUGGAGACAUUUACAACUAGAUUAGAACAGGUGAACAUCGUUUUAUUUAUGUCUUGGUGUCUAAAAAACUUGGGCAAGUAAAACCGCAAACUAGACGUGACUGGAUGAUCACUAGAGGUUUUAUCUUGUUCCCAGUGUCCAAGAGCCAUUAAUUUAUUUCAACUUUAAAUUAAAAACAACAAAAAAUAUGCAGACGGCAGUGAAAUUUUCUCAUCAUCACUUGAGGGGCGUUUCCUUUUUCUCUUUUUUUCUCUCCUUCACUGUGCCUGAGAACAGUCUGAAGCAGGACUUUUUUUCCUCCUGUGACCUCAACACAACCAGAAUCUGCUGAACCGAACACCGAGCGCCGCUUGAUUUCCCAACAGAUGUGUCAGCUGAAAUGUUCCCGUCUUUUCUGUUGUGACAGCGACAGCUCACUUCUUUGCAUCCUAGAAGCUCGUUAGUGCCUUGUUUAGUGGUUACUGAUCACAAGUAGAAGUUGUUUUUUGUUUCGUUGUAUCCGACAUCUCACAUUUUGCAAACACAGUCGCAUUUUAAUGAACAUCCAGGUUUUCUAACCCAACAGAACCUCUUGUUCAUGUAAACACCUGGUAUUAGUUUCAGACUGAAUUCUGUCCUUUGAGUGACUCUUCAAAAUACCAGCAUGCAAUCUGUUGUAAUAAAGCCAGUCUGAAGUAAGUUUUCAGCCUUGUGAACAUGUUGCUGAGACAAUGGGGACGUAGUUGCGAAAUGUGAGAAACUGGAUAAAUCUAAAACAGAACCUAAAAUAUAAAAUGUUUAUUUUUUUGUGUUUGCAACCAUGUGAUUUUGGUAGCAGUGAGACAUUCCAUCGUAGUUUAUUAUUUUCCGUUCCCAGAUUUCUUAGCCUUACUUGCAUUCAGAAAAAAAAGCUUGGAUAUUCUCUGAGAUUAGAGUGCUACACUUUUGAGAAAAAACAUAUUUUUUUGUUUGUCUUCAGUUUGCACGGUUAGAUUAAAAUCACCGCGCACAAGGUUUUAUGCCGGAAAUGUCAAUACUUUUCAAUCAAAUGUAGCAAUCAUGUAAUACUUGUGAUUUUAGCUCAGAAUCAACUUAUUACGAACAUCUUUGGAAUGACAUUGCCAUUAAUUAGGCCGGUUGGGAAGAAUACAUUGCACUGAUUUGGCUGUGGUGACGACUUUUGAGCAUCGGGAACUCCAACACAUCCUUACUUUUGUCCCUCCUCGCUGUGCGUGAGCAGGCACGUCACGACUUUAUUGUACGAGCUUCUAAACUUGCAAAGUUGAGCAAUGCGGUUCCUUCACAAAAAAAGAUUGUGUGACUCUCAUCUCAGAGAAUAUCGACGUUUUUUUCUUGUACAUUUUUGAGCUUUUUCUUGAAAAUGUACAACUUUUAUCAGCAUUUUUUACUUAUUUUUUUUAAAUCUGCAAUGGCCCCAUUAUCUAGUCGUGUAAUACAGUUUUGUUAGUUGGUUUUUUUUGCAUUUAAAGAUACACGCCCUUAUUUUGUUAUCACCUCACUGUUGGCGACUUUAUAAUCUAUGCUGAGGUUUAAAACUGCAACACAACCCGGGAGUGUGUCUGUAAGCUCAUUGCUGCUGUUUUCGUUUUCGUUAUCCUGUUUUAAGAACUACUCAGGCUAUACAUUUGAGGAAAUACUUGAAUUUUUUUGUAUCUUUGCUGGAUGUAAUAUCGAUCCUUUCCUUACCUGUUGAACAUAUUCCUACCGUUGUUGUUCUCGAAUAGCUCAAAUAAAUGAUUGUUUUUUAAAAUAAAUAUUACAGAUUCAGCAUUGUA